AGGCGGCGGCCUCGGCCAGCGCGGCGCGGCGGCGGAGCAUCGCGGGCGCCACGGAGGGCCUGGGCGCGGAGGCCAAGGGGCGGCUGCGGGAGCUCGCGGCGCUCGCCGCGGGGAGCGAGGCGCUGCUGGCGGACACCGUGGCGGUCUGCAGGGCGGAGGCCCACGGCAUCUCGUCGGUCGCGGUGGCAGAGCGGGAGCGGCAGAUGGCGAGCCUGCUGCCGAUGGACGGCGGGCACUUCGUCGAGGCGCUCCGGGCGGCGCGCGCCGAGGCGAAGGUGACGGGGGAGGCGGCGAAGGCCGCCGCCGAGAAGGCGAGGAAGGCCGUCGCCGAGGCAAAGGCCGCGGCGCAGGCGCAGGCGAGCCUCUCGUCGGCGGCGAAGGCCGCGGACCCCCCCGCGGCGAAGGGCGCCCAGGACGAGCAGAAUUUGGCCGUCCUUGCCGUCGUCGUGCUUCUCUUCGCGGCGGGCGCCAUGGUCCUGAGCGGCACGGACCUGAAGGCCCUGCUGCAGAAGUGACGCCACCGGGCCCAGGCUGCGACCCCCGCGGCCCUCGCGCAGCGGCUCGGCGGCCUGCCCUGAGAUCCGACGCCGCGAGCAAAUCUGUUGCAACAUCGCAUGCAGCCCCCUCGAGGCAUGAGAAGAAGUCACGACUGGAGCUUGGCAUCGCUCGGCCGUGUGCCUUUUUCCUUCGGCGAGGCCCGUCGUUGCCCCGCAGGCCUGGGGGGGCUCGGGCGGCCCUCCGAGCGCGGCCCGCGCGGGGCGCUCCUCGCAAGGCCCGCCGGGGGCGCUCGGCCCCCGAGGGGCGUGCGCAGGCCGCGGGCGCCACGGGCCCGGCCCGGGCCGCGCCCGGCGGCACCCGGAGGGGGGGGGGGGCCCGACCACAACGUCGGAGGUAUUGGCUCCACGCUUCUCCUUCCCUGCAGCCGGGUCGCCCAGCGGCACCCGACGCGCUUUUUUAUUCAAGCGGCGGCGAUGUGCGGCAUCCGAUUUUCC